AUGGCCUACAUAUAUAGAGACACAAAGUCCACCAUUCAUCUUUCUUUCCUCUUAAGCUGUUUAUUUUCUAAUCUCUCAAUGGCUGCCUCAAAACACAAACCUGUAAAUUUGAUAUUCUACGUUUAUCAUUUGAUUGUUAUAUUUUCCGCCCAUAGUUCCACGGGGGAGCUCCGGAGGCUAUCUCAACCGACAAAACCCGACGGUACAGUAAGCUUUCUAGUCAUCGGAGACUGGGGAAGAAGAGGCUCCUAUAACCAGUCCCAAGUAGCUCUUCAGAUGGGAGAUAUCGGAGAGAAACUAGAUAUUGAUUUUGUAAUUUCUACUGGAGAUAACUUUUACGACAAUGGGUUAACCAGCUUUCACGAUCUUCUAUUUCAAGAUUCUUUUACCAACAUUUAUACCGCUUCGAGCUUGCAGAAACCUUGGUAUAGUGUUUUAGGAAAUCAUGACUAUAGAGGUGACGCAAGGGCACAACUUAGCCCCAUGCUCAGGGCUUUGGACCACAGAUGGUUUUGCAUGAGAUCUUUCAUUGUAAAUGCUGAGAUCGUCGAUUUUUUGUUCGUGGACACAACUCCAUUCGUCGAUAAAUACUUUAUCCAACCAAAUAAGCAUGUUUAUGACUGGAGCGGCGUAUUGCCUAGGCAGACAUAUCUCAACAAUCUCUUAAAGGAAGUCGACGUGGCAUUGAAAGAGUCACUUGCAAAGUGGAAAAUAGUGAUUGGUCACCAUACGAUUAAAAGCGCAGGCCACCACGGGAACACCAUUGAGUUGGAGAAGCACAUUUUACCUAUUCUUCAAGCGAAUGAAGUGGAUCUCUACGUCAACGGGCAUGAUCAUUGCUUAGAACACAUUAGCAGCAUGGACAGUAAAAUACAAUUUAUGACAAGUGGAGGUGGAUCCAAGGCGUGGAAAGGAGGUGACGUGAACUACGUGAACCCACAAGAGAUGAGGUUUUACUACGAUGGGCAAGGAUUCAUGUCGGUUCACUUUUCGGAAGCCGAACUGAGAGUCGUGUUUUAUGAUGUCUUUGGACACGUUUUGCAUCAUUGGAAGACUUACAAGGAGGCGCUUUAUUCCGCUUCUUAAUUCCGGUUUAAUUGGACGUAAUUGUUUAUGAUGUAUCAUUAAAUGAUCAAUAUCGUAUUCCGUUGAAUUUUCGAAUUCCCUUACAUUAUUGAUAUGAAAAGAACGUAUCAGCAGCAUCAGAAAAAGGUCAAUGAAAUA